GGGGGCAGGGAGGGUAGAAAAGGGAGACUGCUGCCUCUGCACCUCGUUCUCAGAGUCGAGACAACAAGGGAAUAGAAAACUGCGCAGGACUUCCACCGAGCAUUAAAAAGACUUUUGCAUCAGUAGAUGUGUUCACAUACAGACAUGGCUUGCAAGCUCUGGUUUGUACUUUCAGCGGGACUUUUUCUGGCAACCUCAGAGGCUGGAAGGCAGAUGCCUAAACUCUCUGACAAGAAGCUCUGUGCCGACUCUGAAUGCAGCCAUCCUAUCCUGAUAGCUCGAGCUCUGCAGGACUACUACCCUGGAGACUGCAGGUUCAUCCCCAUCAGACAGGGACAGCUCGUCUAUGUUUAUGCAAUGCUAAAAGACAGAGGGAACCUCUUUUGGGCUGGCAGCGUUCAAGACUCCUACUACGGACAGCAGGAAGCUCGUGUUGGCCACUUCCCCAGCAGCGUGGUGGAAGAGACUCACGCUCUCAUGCCAGCCAGCACUGAAGUCAAAACUACUAAAUGGGACUUCUACUGUUACUGAUGCUGCCUUUACAAAGACAAAGUCCAACUUUCCUGUCAACCAGGAACUUUCUUCGGUAUCAUAUGAAAUCGUUAUGACGCACAUUAUUGACGGUAUAUAUGCAUGCACCUGAUAUUCUGCACUUUAGGAAGAUGUUAACAGCAGCUCUACCAUGAUUGAUAGUUGACAUUCUCUGUAAUGCUUCUUGCAGCUAUCAAAAGGUAUUAAAUAAUAAACUUAAAAAGAGUAAAACA